CGGUGGAGCAGCUCAAGGCUCGGGCUGUGCAAGGCGGAUUAUCUACCCUCUCCCUCCUUCCGGAUAUCAGAUCUACCCCUCCCCCCCGACACCCUUCAGCACCCACCCCACUGGCUCUAUCGGAAUUCCCCCAAAAGCAGCAGCAGCUCCCCCUUCAGCCAAUUCCUAUUUAUUUAUAGGUGUGCGCGGGGGGCCCUGCAGAAAUCCCCGGGGGGAGGGUGAUCCACGAGUGGAAUUUACAUUCAUGAUUAUGGGCGACAAGAAGAGCCCGACCAGGCCAAAAAGGCAAGCGAAACCUUCGGCAGAUGAGAGUUACUGGGAUUGUAGCGUGUGCACCUUCAAAAACAGUGCGGAAGCCUUUAAAUGCAGCAUCUGUGACGUCAGGAAAGGCACCUCGACCAGGAAACCCAGAAUAAACUCUCAGUUAGUUGCACAGCAAGUGGCUCAACAGUACGCCUCGCCUCCACCCCCCAAAAAAGAGAAGAAGGAAAAGGUGGAGAAGCCUGAGAAAGAGAGAACAGACAAAGACAAGUUUGAAAAUGAAAAACCGGAAAAAGACAAGUUAGACAGAGAAAAAUUAGACCGAGAAAAGCUGGAUCGGGAGAAACUGGACAGAGAAAAGGUGGACCGGGAAAAGUUUGACAAGGAAAAGCUGGAUCGGGAUAAAAUCGACAGAGAAAAACUGGACAGGGAGAAAAAUGAUCGGGAAAAGCUGGAAAGAGAAAAGUUGAAUAGAGAGAAACUGGACAGAGAGAAACCAGAAAAAGAAAAACCUGAGAAGGAAAAGCCAGAGAAAGAGCAAAAAACAGACAGAGAGAGACAUGAAAAGGACAAGGAAAAGAACGAGAGAGACAUCAGCUCAAGUGUUGUAAAGAAGACCACUAAUAAAAAGUCCAGACCCAAGCCGGACAUUUUAAGGAAUCCAUCAAGUGACGCCAGUAUUCAGACUGGAAAUCCCAACGCAAAGAUCAGCAGCUUUAAUCACACUUCAAGACCCAGGCUUAAAAACAUUGACAGAAGUACCGCACAGCAACUGGCAGUAACAGUGGGCAACGUAACUGUAAUAAUCACAGACUUUAAAGAAAAGACUCGUUCUUCUUCCACAUCUUCAUCCACAGUGACCUCCAGUGCAGGCUCAGAACAACAGAAUCAGAGCAGUUCCGGCUCUGAGAGCACAGACAAGGGAUCUUCUCGUUCGUCGACCCCGAAGGGCGACAUGUCUGUUGUCAAUGACGAGUCUUUCUGAAGAGGGCCCAUAUUGCACACAAAUUGAUGGAAACUCUCAAUCUGGGUCCGGAAUUCCAAGACACCCAGUUGCCUGUGUUGGCCGUGUACCCGGAGCAUUGUUAUAAUUAUUACUUUGGUUUUGAGAAGGAGACUUUUUAUUUCCCCUUUUCCCCCUUUUUUGGACAACAGCCUCUUCCUUCUGCUCCCGGGAUCAUUUCUACGUGACGUGGGCAUCUUGGCAACCAAGGAAUUUCCUACCCUCAACGAUGACCCUAGACACUUGCGUAUUCCAUUAUUUGAUAUGAUUUUCUUAACAAUCAUUUAGAAUUGGAUGUGCGCCUAAAUCUACUUUUUUAUACAGAUCUGCUGUGCACAUUUUUUUUCCAUGUACAUGCUAACUUUUUUUUUUUCCUUGUGUUAUUUUUUAUUUACUUUUAUUUAUUGCAUCGUCAACCUCCUGUCCACUUCCUGCAUCCCCCCCCCGUCUUUCUGUUUUCUUUUUCCUCUUCCUGUAAUACAGCAUACUAUUGAUUUUUUAUACAUCAAUAUAUAUAUAAACAAAUAUAUAUAUAUAUAAAUAUAUAAAUAUAUAUAAAUAAAUGGUUAUUUGAACCCAA